GAAUAUUCUUCUUCCGGUGCAUUUUGUCAAUAUUUAUAUUUUGAUUUUGAAGCUCAAAUAUGCUACAUAAAAUAUGGAUCGAAGCAGCAAAAAUGAGUUGUUGAAAACGAUUGAAAGUCAGAAAGAACAGUUGACACGAUAUGAAACUAGGUUGAGAGAUGUGAUAAGAGCAUAUAAAGGUUCUGUUAAAGAAAAGGAAGCAUUAGAAGCCAGUGUUAAAGUCCUAUCGGAGCAGAGUAAUAGACCAGACAAAAAGGAGACAAAGCAACAAGAUGGUUCUUCCAUACAAGAUCCUUUAAAUACCAAUUCUGAAGAUGCUAGCCAAGAUGAUGAGGUGCGUGUUCUUAAAGAUCAGUUGAAAACAUUGACCAACACAAUAUCUACAGUAACAGCUCAGAAAUCUCGUCUUGAGGCUGAUUUUGUUGCUGAUAAAAAGAAACUAAGGGGAGAAUAUGAAGAAUUACAAAGUAAAUUCUCCUCAACUUUACAGCAACAUGAAAAAACAGUUCAAGAAUGGAAUGAUAAAUAUACAGAGAUAAAAAAUCGUCUGCGUACCCAACAAUUAGAACGAGAAAAAGAACAGACUGAUCAUGCUAUGAUGAUAAGAGAAUUACAAAAACUACUGUCAGUUGAGAGAAUGGCUAAAGAGCAUUUCGAACAGCAGUUAGAUGAAGUAGAAACAUCAAUGAAACAACAAGUAGCUAGUGUACCAUCGGUUAAAGAGCAGUAUGAAAAACAGAUAGAUAAUUUAUCAUCUCAGUUAAAAUCAGUCCGAGAUAGAUUAAAAGCUGCUGAAGAGAAAGCAAAUCAACCAUCACCUAUGUUAUUAGAUUUACAGAAAGAAAUGACUACUAUGAAAAAUGAAGCUCAAAGACAAGUAGAGAAAGAGAUUCUAAGAGCAUCAGAAGCUGAGACAAGAGUUGUUCAAGUUUCUGUACAGAGUGAAGAAAGAGUAACAUCUCUAGAAACUAAAUUGGCUGAACUAUCAGAAGUAGUUGGUAAUUAUGAGAGAUUGAGAUAUCAAGAUCAACAAGCUAUUCAUAGAUUAAAAGAGAGAGUUAGUCAGUUAGACAUUGAAAAUUCAGCUUUAGCUCGUGCUGCUCACUCUAUUCCUGAUACAAACACUACCACAGAUGAUAGUAAUUUAGAUUCACAAUCUAUAGCUGAACAAAUUAAAAAACUACAGAAGUUAUUGAAGGAUGCUAAUUUACGUUCAGAAAAACCUGUGGAUAUUAAUGAAUUAAUGGAAUCAGAAGAAGAAAGAACCAUGUGUCAGAAAUAUAAAGAGGAACUAGAACAUGUUAAAGAAGAAUUUGAGAGAUAUAAACUAAGAGCACAAUCAGUUCUUAAAAAUAAAACAAAGGACAAUUCCAAUAACAGAGAAAUGGAUGUAUUAAAAGAUCAAGUUUCAGAGCUAAGGGAAAAGUUAAAGACUGCCUACCUUCAUUUAGAUGAAAGUGAAGAGAAACAUAGAUUAAAAGUAGAAAGUUUAAGUAAAACUAUUUUGUCAAUAGAAGAGAAACAUAAACACCGUAUUUUUGAAAUGGAACAAGAACAUCAGAAAUCAAUAGCUGAGUUAGAGAUGGCUGUCAAGAAACAACGUGAUAGAACUGUUUCAAUGUUGGCUGAGAAAGAAAAAGACUUAAAUACUCUAAGAACCACUGCCCUUGCUAAUGACUUUGUUUCUCCCAACCAGGAACCUGUAAAUUAUUCUAGUUCUCAUGCCCUUACUAAACAGAAUUCAGAAGAAGAGGAAGCUGUGUCUAGAUUAUUAUUUAAAACUAGUGCCAAUGAAGAGACAAAUAUACUGCAUUUCUCUCAAGAACAGGCACGUAAAGAUGUAGAGGUAGCAUCAUUAAGGAAACAAAAGCGUCAAUUAGAAAUGAGUUUGAGAGAACUACAGCUGUCAGCAAGUGCUAAGGAAGAAAAACUCCAUGAUGAACUAGAAGGAUUAAGAGAAGUAAUACAUAAACAUGAACGUGAUAUUAAUAGGGAAGGGGCUAAUUUGGAAUAUUUAAAAAAUGUUAUUUAUAAAUACAUGAUCAGUGGGGACUCAUUAGGUAAACAGAAAAUGUUGAAAGCUAUAACAACUAUAUUGCAGUUUAGUCCUAAAGAAAUCGAUAAAGUCAAUUCUGUAAAUAAGGGAUGGAUAUAAUAGCACAGCAUUGUGAUGAAACAGUUCUGAAAAUUUGCAGGGGAGGUGUCCUGAAAAUUUUUGAAACAAUGAUGGUUAUGGUUCUUAUAUAGACCUACACAUUUGGGACCAGUGAUAUAUAGGAUCUAUGUUACCUACAUAGACAUUGGUUUCCAUUAGGGCUUUUGGUUAUUUAGUGCUGUAUUCUCUGAUCAGUAACAGCAGUCAGUUUACCAAUAUGAACAAAUGCAAUAUAGCAAUCACUUUCAAUCAAAACUGUUGUCUUCCAUGUUUAUAGAUUCAAAUGAAAAUAUUUUUCAUUAAUAUAUUAUAAUCAUAUCGCAAUUUGUUUUAGGCAUGGUUAUUAUUGGUUUUUGACAACAUUAUUUUUGUUCUCUAACAAAAUUUUAUAUAUUAGAAAGCUAUGAUUGUCUAUCAAAAGCAAUGCAUACUUGUUUUUGUUUCUUACAUAAAGUGACUUGUUAAAAAUUGUAUAGACAAUCAUAUCUGAACAAAGAAAGUGAACAGUAUAUCAUGGAAAUCACCAUAAUUAUAUAUAUAAGGAUAAGGUGAUAUUUCAGUAUUUUCGAAUGGGUCGAUAUUACUAAUGCUAUCAAUCCUAGACCAGUAUUUAUCAUGAUCAGGAUAUAUUGUCCAGUCCUACUUCCAUGUAUCUUUUAAGAUAGAGCUAUUAUAAUAUGGGUGUUAUAUUGCACUUGAAAUUAUUCCUAUUAUGUACUGUUAAAUCUAUUUGUUCUGUGUUAUAACCUUGGUAAAAUAAAUGGUUAUUGGUAUAA